CAAAGUGGAAAGGAGUAGCCAGGGAGGGCAGUGAGCCCUUGUUGGCGCUGUCCCGGAGAGAACGCUGAGGCGGCCGCGGGCAGAGCUCGGCAGAGGCGGACGAUGGAUGCCCUGAGGGCGAGAGGGCACAGCCCGCCCGGAGCGGCGGAGAGCAGAGACCACCGGGGAGCCCCGAGGGCCACGGGGACGAGCUGAGGGACGGUGCGGGAACAGGGCAGGCACGGAGCCUGCCCCGGCAGCGGCGGCGAACGGACUGGGAGGGACUGGGAGUGUCCCUGCCGGGCUGGGGAGGGGCGGGCAGCGGGCACGGGGCGCUGCUGCCAGCCCCAGAGCCCCGGGCUUCAGCGGGGCUGGACCGCGGUGCCGCACUGCCCCCUCCCCAGCGCAGCCGCGGACUCCGGGAAGUUUUUGCCCAGCAGCGGGCGGGUUGGGCAGGGCAGGGCAGGGCUGCCCGCCGGCCCCUCGCUCCGCCCGGGGGCGGUGCCGCAGCCCGGCUCCGGGUCCGGGCAGAGCCGGGGGCUCUCCGCCGGCACCAUGGGCCGGGACGGGCCGUGGCUCAACCUGUCCGGCAGCGCCUGUGCGGCGGGCGGGCCCUUCCCCGCCGGCACGGCCGCGCUGCUGGCCGCGCUCAUGGGGCUGCUGGUGCUGGCCACGGUGCUGGGCAAUGCCCUGGUCAUCCUGGCGUUCGUGGUGGACCGGAGCCUCCGCACGCAGGGAAACUUCUUCUUCCUGAACCUGGCCGUCGCCGACCUGCUGGUGGGCGGCUUCUGCAUCCCCCUCUACAUCCCCUACGUGCUGACGGGCGAGUGGAGGCUCGGCAGGGGCUUGUGUAAGCUGUGGCUGGUGGUGGACUACCUGGUGUGCACCGCGUCGGUCUUCAACAUCGUCCUGAUCAGCUUCGACAGGUUCAUCUGUGUCACCAGAGCGGUCAGCUACAGGGCUCAGCAAGGGACCACCAGAAAUGCAGUACUGAAGAUGAUGACUGUAUGGAUUGCUGCUUUUCUCCUCUAUGGGCCAGCCAUUCUCAGCUGGGAGCACAUUGCCCAAAAGAGCAUCGUCCCGGAAGGAGAAUGUCAUGCAGAGUUUUUCUACAACUGGUAUUUCCUAAUGAUUGCCUCUACUGUUGAAUUCUUUACACCCUUCAUCACUGUUAUGUACUUUAACUUAAGUAUUUACCUUAACAUCAGGAAACGCACAUUGCUCCGAAAUGAAAACCUCUCACCUGGUCAAGAGGACUGUGAAAUGAAUUUCCAGGGGGAAAAAAGGGAACAUGCUGUGUUUUUUGUAAAGCCAACUAACAGGGACAAACAUGAGAAGAGAGCAAGCAGCCUUCUUUCCCCAGGGAAGGCUCCAAGGCUUCAGGCCUCGGCUGAGCUUGGCAAUCAGCCAUCAAAUGCCAGUGUCAGUCGUGACCUUCCACCCCUCCAGGGGGAUGUAAAGACCAGGCCUCCCAGGAACAGCUUCUUCAAAGCAACAGAAAGCCUUUGCCACCCCAGCAGCCAAGUGGAUGCUGCUAACAUGAUGGCAAACAGAUUUAGACUUUCCCGGGAUAAACGAGUAGCAAAGUCUUUAGCAGUUAUUGUGUGUGUGUUUGGGCUGUGCUGGGCUCCGUACACCCUCCUGAUGAUCAUCAGGGCAGCCUGCCAUGGGCACUGUGUGCCCUACUCCUUCUAUGAGAUCUCAUUCUGGCUCCUGUGGCUGAACUCAGCCAUUAACCCUGUUCUCUACCCACUGUGUCACAUGAGCUUUAGGAAAGCCUUCAUAAAACUCCUGUGUCCACAAAAGGCCAAAAUUCAUCCUGACAUUUUGAUGUGAAAAGUAGGAAGGCUGAAAAUUAGUACAUCUUGUAUUUGGUGAGAGUAUCAAAAAGCAAGUACUGCAAUACCUGCAGAGAUUUAUGGAAUACUGGUAAGUAGGCACAAGUGUAGAUAUUUAUGAAUAUGUAGAAAUACAGUCAUCCACCUAGCUGGGAAAACCACAGCAAAGAAAAGAAAGGUCAUUUUUCAAAGCUCUUUGGGAAUGACACCAACAGGAUGUUUUCUAGUAAUGGUGCACUAGUGUUGAAGCACUGAAAACAAAAAAUAAUUUUCACAUAGUUAGAGUUCAGGUUCUGUAACUUUUAAUAACUGUAAAUACUGCUGGAAUUUCAUAAAGCAUGAUUCUUAGAUCUGUUAUAUCUUACCCCAAACCCACUUCAAGACAUCAAGGGUCUCACUGGUUAAGCCUAGGAUGCUUUUCCCCCUCCACUUAGUGGCAAGCCAGACAAGACCCAACCAACAAUAAAAAUACAGGAAAAGCACAGGAGGCAGCACAACAGUGAUACUACCAGAGAAGCUGAGCAACUAUAGCAGGUAAGGGAGCACUGAUUUGAGUGGAAAAGCUGAUGGAAAUAGAAGAGAGUGGAAUAUUUAGUAGCACAAAGUCCAGGAACAGAAGUAUAAAAGGGUUCUAAGCUUUGUAAUAGGAGAUACAAGAAUUGGUAACUUAUGCACUGGAAGAGUUUCAGUAGGAGUUCCCUCCCUCAGCUGUGACUUCCUGCCCCCCACCAGGAUCCUGCAUGGGCAAAAAACUCUACUCCUUACAGGGCUGAGUUUACUCCUUACUCUAUGCUUUGCUGUAAGGACUGAGUAAGCCUAAGUAGUUCUAUGACAGAUCCAUGACAAUUUUUAAAACAUUUACAGUUGGACCUUUACUACUUCUGGCUAGAUUAAAGUGUUGUUUUCCCCUACCCCACCCAUUGAAUCUUUCCAUCCAGCAAGUCAUUAGUGAUCAAGAGCAUCACUUGAAGUGUUGAGAUACUUCCCAGGUUUUGCAUCAUGCCUGGCAUGACUCAAAGUCUGUUACAACUGACAGCCUUGCUACUGCCCAGGAGUGUCUCUGCCAUUGUGCCUGUGCCACAGGAGCAGCUCCCACAACUGAUCCCGAGCUUGGUGCAGAUUUGUCCCACGAGGUGUCACACUGAGCAUCACUAAUGAUACACGUUUGUUCCACCAUCACCAGCAUUUACUACAUAACCUAACAGAUGCUUUCCUUUGCUGACAAGUGUUACUGUGAGUUACUGAACAGCUCUAGUUGUCCAUUGCCACAGUCACAAUGCAUGGUAAUGCAAUGGAGCUUAAAGUUUGCAGGCAGUAAAAUGCUUUAUUUUGUAAAAUGUCAAUAAAAGUUAUUAAGAGCU